AUGUCAUCAGCAUCGGAAUCCAUAUCUCAAGCCCCUAGCAAACCAUUACCAUCGGAGAACCCCUCUCUGACCACUGAGCAAAGACGAUAUUUAGAAAGCGCUCUCCGCGUCAACCAGGCAGGCGAGCUCGCCGCAGUCUUAAUCUAUGGCGCCCAGACACCACCGAUAGUCCGCGCACACCCGCAUCUGCGCCCUCUGAUGAAGCAUAUGUACGACCAAGAAGCGGGCCACUUCACGAAGUUCAACGAACUUAUAUCCAAGCACCGGAUCCGACCGACCGCUAUGUAUCCUGUAUGGACUGCAGCUGCUACAGUUCUAGGCUGGGGCACCGCUAUUAUGGGCCGCGAGGCCGCUAUGGCUUGUACCGAAGCUGUUGAGACCGAGAUCGGCACGCAUUAUAACGACCAGGUUCGCACGUUGCUCGACUGGCAGGAGAACCUGAAGCAGAAUGGACAGAGUCUCGGGCCGGAGCUCGAGGAGCUGUUGACUGAUAUUCGUAGGAUUCGUGACGAGGAAUUAGAGCAUCUGGACCAUGCUGUUGAGCAUGAUGCUAAAGAAGCACAGCCAUAUGAGGUCCUCACCAAUGUCAUCAGGGGAGGAUGUCGCGCAGCGAUAUGGGUAAGCGAACGUGUGUAG